UCAGGGAAAUGUUUUGGUGACCGGCUGCAGAAAAACGCGGAUUUUUGUUUUAGUUCCUGUUUUGUGUAUUAAAUCAGUUGGAACUCGAGCUAAACAUUACCUAGGAACUACAAUAGGUACAGAAUGUGUAGGAACGUAAACUCUUGCAUUGCUUUCGGCACCAUCUGAAAUCGACAGGGGCGCUUGAAAUCGCGACCACGUGAAAUCCAGCAACAACAAGUCGGUGGUAGAAUGGACUUGGCCGAGUUCUCUGACUUCAAUAUUGACCAGCUGCUGGGCUCCUCACCGCCGCUCCAAGAUGGCCUAGUGCUGCCCUACAAGCAGGUUCCGCUGCCCAGGAUCAACCAGGAUGUGCGGGCCAAGCGAAGCCGGCUGGCCGAGCGGAUAGCCCAGAACGACGAGCUGGUCCGGCAGGUGAAACAGCUCCAGGCGCAGAACAAGCAACUGGCGGACCUGCAGCGCACCGCCCAGGAGGUGACCGAUCUGUACCAGAAGGAGAAGCAGCAACGGAUCGAGCUGGAGAAGAGCUCCAGGCAGAUUCGAUUGCGAUGUGAGGAGCUGGAGAAGGAGCUGGAUGUCCAGGUUCAGAGCUGCGAGAAUCUGCAGGAUGAGCUGCAGGUCAGAGGACUGCCUGUGGAUGCCAAAGAUGUGUUGUCCAUACUCAUGCAGCUUUCCCAGCGCCUGGGUGACGACUGUGGCCUCCUGCGGCGGGACUUAACCAUCAUGAAGAAGCUAAAAGAGCACUGCAAGACGCUGGACAUUAGUGUUCCCACGCCGAAGAGUCCCAAUUCGCGCAACAAGAGAAAGAGCCAUCAGUCUGUGGUCAACCAGUCUACGCAAACCGACAAGGAGCCAGUUAACGCCAAACCCGCCAUUUCUUCAGUGGGUGUGCAGGUGGAGGGUCUGAUAGAGACUCGCAACCAGGCCACGCAGCACAAGAACACCACCACCACACGGGGCACCACAACAGCCUCUUUCAUCCGGCACCAUGAUGUGGGCACCUGCUUUCCCGAGCCCAAACCCCUGCCAAACGUGCGGCAGAUUCUUGAUGAAAUGCUCGCGUGGCGGGCUGAUGUGGUAAUUGAACCCAUGAGUCCACCAAGCGAUCCGCAGCAGGAAUUGGAGGAACUUCCGGCCACAGCGAGUGUGGCAACCUGCACCACUCUGUGUGAUAUACACCGCGAGAUUGACUUUCUGUCCGAACUGCCGACGCAAAUCAAGGUGUCCGCCUCUCGUCCGCCCUCGCGAACCAUGCUGGACAGUGUGAAAGAGGAGGCCAGGUCAUCCCGGGAGCUGGCCAAGGAGCUGCUUAACUUUCUACCUCAAAACCAAAGCUGCCUGGCCAAUCUGCCACCGCAGGCCUUCGAGGAGCUGUGGCAGGUCUUCGGCCAAAUGGUCCUCGGCCUGCUGCAGAGGCGCUCCAAUCCGUCGCUGGCCACGCCGCCGAGCGUGAGCCAGGCGGAUUUCACCAGCUGGCUGUACGAGCUCUAUGAGGGCACGCAGAGCCAGACUGAGCAGUCGUCUAGCGGAAGCAGCAGCAAGCGAGAUUUCGCCACCAGCACAGAAUGCAUGGAUGUUGGAACGGAUCCCAUCAUUGAGUCGCCUAACAUCAGCCACGGGGGAGACGUCACUCCAAUCCGCCUGCCCUCCAAGCCAAGAGAACGAAAGCGAAAAACCAAAAAGCGCAAAGCGGUUGCAGUGCAGAAACCCAUUCCCAAACGGAACUGCCUGGAGAUGGAGCCAGCACGUCUGGAAACAGACAAGGAACCAGAAGAAGUAGAUCAUGAACAAAAGCCGGAAACGGCAAUCCAGUUUCUAAGCAAUUUGAAAACUUUUAACAUGGCCAACUGUGAUAAUCUCGAUAUGGAAUUGGAUGAGGAAGAACGAUAUCUGCUUCAGUUGACAUCCAACGCGAAAAAAGAAGAAAAGGAAAAAAUCAUGGCGAACGAGGUCUCUGAAGACAUCGAAAGCCCUGCGAAAAACACUGAGUUCCUGCUGCCAGAAAAUAUAAAUCCAGAUCCCUUGACUGCAGUCCAGAGGGAAGAAGAGUCGUCUUUAAAAGAUGAUGAAGGAAAACCAGCUAGUAUGGACCUUCCUCUGCUGCCUCAAGCGACGCAAGAUUUGGCAGAAAAUUAUUUUAAGAAACCAGAAAUCGAUUCAGAGAUUAUGAGCACAACCGAUUUUGCUCAAAUUGAAGCUAUUCCGUCGCAAUCAUUCUUGAAUGGCAGUGAUUUCGAUGUGGAAUCAAAUGAGAGGAAAGAAACGUCGACGAAGAAACGAAUAUAUUUCGAUUUAAAUUCUUGUGAGGAGGUUCAACCUACUUUGAGCCAUCAAGAUAAUGUUUCAGCAGAAAGGUCUGAUUCACCCUCGAUCAGUAGUGACUUAAAUCUGAAUAAGGGCGCAAUGAAAAGUGCUGCGCCUUCUGAUUUACAUGAUAUUUUAUCCGAACAGUCAGAAAGCUUAUUAAACCACAACGAUUGUGGUGUUUUACCAAGUUCAUCGACACUCUUUGGUGGUCUCAGUGGCUCAGACAUGGAAUCCGACACAAGCGAAUGUGUGGUUGAUCCUGAAUUAAGUGAAUCGGAGUAUGAAAGUGAAGAGGAAUGUAAAACUUUAAUUGACCAAACAGAUUCCAAGAAACGAAUGAAUACUUCCUUGUUCGGCAGUGAUUCUGAUUCGGAUGAGGAUUGCUCUGAGCCAGAAGGCGAGCUGGAAGAGAAGGAAGACCUCAAAAAUCAGACGGAUGUAUUAAAUUCAUUAGAUUUUCAUACAUUUGGAAAUGAUUCGCGCCCCGAAAAGCAGCCUUUUAAAGAUCAUAUUGAUAAAAAUAAGGAUGGUGCGGCUCCCGUAGCAUCAUGUAGCCUGCCUUUAGUCACUCCAGCUGAUUUAAUUACCACUAAGCAACCUUUAGUAAUGGAAAACAUAGGUGCUGUUUUUAAAGUAAAAGACAGCCAAAGGUUCGAAGAGCAAACCAGCUCUAAGGUGACUCAAAGCUCAAGUGACGAUUCCGAGGAUGAGCAAAGUCUGGUCAUCGACGAACCAAUCUCCCCUAAGUUACCAGAGGAGCCACCAAUACCAGCUAAACGGAAAAGAACCCAAAGCGAGGUGAAAACUCCUUCGCCUUCAGGAGAAGUUCGUUUGACUCGUCAGAGGGCCAAGCAAUUGCUGAACGAGCAAAAAUCCAGUCCAGAAAAACGCUCUUCGCUCGUAGACCAAAUUAGGAACCAGCUUAGGCAAGGAUUUACUGAAUCGGAGAAUCUACAACCAAUUGAGCCAGAGGGGCAAAAGGCAAAGAAGGCACAUUUGGAAUUAGAGGCCAUUAAGCAGUCCUACACAUUCAGCGAGGAGUCACCAGCCUCUCCCGUUUCCGAGCCAACCGACGAGCUGAUCGAUCCACCCACCGAAAUUCCUCUGCAGCAAGCUGCAAGCAGCGAGGAAGAUGGCCAACCGAAAGCGCUUCUGCAACAUGUGAUUGAAAAGGACAAAGUGGUGGGCAAGCUCAUCCAGGCAAAAAGGAAAACACUGGGGAAAUUGCAGCCUCAACUCUGCGCCUCAAUAGGCAAAUAUCUCCAGGAGACCAUGCAACUGGAAUCCAGCUGCAGUGACCUGGCCUUGGAGAUCUACAAAGUGACAAAAGAUGAGGCCGUGAUUGUUAAUGCCAUGAUAACAGUCAUCUGCAAGAUUGGCACAGAUGGGAAUCCAGUGGAACGUCUGAUAAAUGCCCUGCAGUAUUUUAAUUUCUCGCAGAGAUUUCUUGCAGAACUGGAGGAGCGUCUGUUCCGAAACACCAAGGAGCGGCCAGCCGUUGAGAUGGCUCUGAAAUACCUGAAGCUCUACUUGAAGGCGGUGUCCCUACAGGCGGCCAUGUCGGCCGGGGGAUAUCAGAAUCCAGCGAGGCUGCUGCUGGCCAAAAUUCUGUACCACUUUGACCAGGAUGUGCCGCCACUGGUCUUGGAGCUGCUUCGCCAUUUUCCCACUGUGCUCCCACACCGCGAACAGCGGGAGUACGACAACUCGGAUGCCCUGAUCACCGUGAUCAAGCAUCUACUGAUGAGCCGGCAGUACGACAUGCAGGAUCCGGAGGGCGCCGAGCGAGUGCUGCUUUCCAAGCUGCGCUUUGAGUAUCACUUCCAGCCCUUCGAGCCCACCAAGCAGCAGGUUUUGGAGAACUUGGUGGGUAAGCUAAAGGCUGGCCGCCUGGAGGAGCUGGGCUAUGCCUUCGCGCUCUUCUGCAGGCGUUCUGCUCAUCUCAAGGUUUUGGACAACGUGCUGGGGGAACACCUCAUGCCGCUUGCCACCAGCUACUGUGAUCUCGCUGCCCAGGACAAGGCGUACGAUGUCCGGCUGGUGCAUCUGCUGCACUGCAUCUCCUUGGUUCUGAAGCCCCUGCCCCUGGAAACAGAUAUGUCCGCCUUCGUGGGCUUCCUGAAGCGCCUGCUAGUGGCAGUGCCACGAUCUGGAGUUCAGCAGGCGGCAGUGCAGGCAUGCCUACGCCUGCAGAGAUUCGGAUUUAAGUACGCCUUGGAUGCGCUGAGGGACUACAGGCCCAACUAUCAGUUGGAUCCGCUGACGCGGGCCAUGCUCCGCUGCUUUGCGGAACGGCGAAGGCAUUUCCGCAACGUGGCGGCCAAUAAGAAGACCUCAAAAGCCUAAAGAUUCCCGUGUACGAAUUGCAACUAUUUAUUUAUGUAUGUAAUUGUAUAGAAUUUGAAUUAAACUAAAUGCCAACUG